AUGGCGCCUUGGGAAGAGUUCGAUAUUGCGUUUGCCUUCAAGCGGGAUUUUUCUUAUGAUCACAAGCUCGUGGACCAAAUAAUCUCUAAUCGACGGGUGCUUGAUCAUGUCCUCUUCGUUGACCGGCUGUUGAAAAUACUCGGAAUUGAGGCUGGUAAGAGAUUUUUGGGGCCCAAAAUGGAAUCUAUGAGCAAGGCUAAUGUGUAUGGUGUAGCAUCAAAGAUAUACCCCCCGAGAUCUAACCAAAGCUUGCGAUCCCUCUUCCAGCAAAUCAUCUCAUCGUCUUCGCCCAAUCACCACAAACAAUCCUUGAUCUACUACAUCUUGAAAGACUGCCGAGGAACUACCGAGAAGUCAGGCGCUUUGCAGUUUGCCAGGACAUGUUAUCUACCGGAUAAGUACAGACUAUUUAUUGACGGGCUAUGGUACCUCGAUAAGCUAGAGUUUCGAGUGAGUAUCCAGCUAGUACUGAAAAUGGACGCAGAAGCUAACCCAGGUCUACAGCGCGCCCUGGAGUAUAUUACAGAGCCAUCCUUAAUACCCACCUUCUCCGAUGAAAUUCUCUAUGUCCUCUCAGCCUCGUCGAAGCAAGAUGACGGCCUUGCUAUAGCCUACUAUGUAACCGUUCAGCCCCCGCUAGCUUCUCAGAAAGCUCUCAAUGCAUAUUUUGGAUCGCUGUGUCGAACUGGAGUUCCGGAAGCGUUUUAUUUCCUAAGACAACAGCCCGAAGAGAAUAGUUCGUCGCUAUUAGAACAGCUCAUAACCUUUGUUCUUUCCACAAAGGCCGGAGAGUUAAGGGCUAAACGUGCCAUGGAUCUCAUAAACUUACCUUUUAGCGAGACCGAAGAAGAGUGCUUCAAUGACUUACUCUUACGCGGUAAUGCAAAAAACUUGCACGGUGCUCGGGAUACAGUCAUGAUGAGACGGGUUGCUACUGGGCGAGUGGAAAAUUUGGACAGCGAACUGGAGUCACUUGGAGGGCGCAGGCUGGAGGGCCUUAACUGGGAUGAUCUGAAGAGAAAUCUCAAGUCUACCAAUUCUGUGGAAGCUUGA